GUUCAAAGGAGCCAUUUUGGCAGAUGCGUACUAUGCAUUGAAGAAAUCAUGCUGAAUAUCAAGCAGCAAGAUCUUAAAAUUGGAGAAAAUAUGCUCCCAAAACUGAAAGACUCCUGGUAAACAAGACAGAGAAGAUAAUUCUACAGUGAUCAAUUUCUUCAAGAAUGGAAGAAACCUUGCCAACACACUAUUUGCUUGUGACAGAAAACAGAGACUACAGAGUGCCAAGCACCCCUUUUUCCAUGUUUCAAUGCACAGCUGUUAGCAUCUGACCCAACCUGAUAGUAAAAAAUGAUGCGAGAUGUGCACCUGGCACCUGAGACAGAUGAAGAUGAUCUUUAUUCUGGUUACAAUGACUAUAACCCCACCUUUGACACAGAGGAUUUAGAAAAUGAUGCCGCUUUUCAGCAGGCUCUGAGAACCAGUCAUGGUAGGAGACCCCCAGUAACAGCCAAAAUUCCAGGUACAUCAGCUUCCCGACCUUUAGCUACCGGAUUUGGGUCAAAGACAAUGUUAUCAUCAAUGGGAAGACCUAUGACAGGAGCUAUACAGGAUGGAGUUGCCCGACCUAUGACAGCAGUUCAUGCAGCUGGUUAUACUAAAGGAGCGAUGAGAGGUUCUGCAUUUGAUCCCCUUGGUCAAGGAAGAGGUCCUGCUCCCCCUUUAGAAAUGAAAAAUGAAGACAGCCCAGAAGAAAAGAUGAAACAGUUAGAAAAAAAAGUAAAUGAGUUGGUUGAAGAAAGCUGCAUUGCCAAUAGCUGUGGAGACUUGAAAUUGGCCCUGGAAAAGGCAAAAGAAGCUGGAAGAAAGGAAAGAGUGCUGGUUAGACAACGUGAACAAAUUGUGUCUGCAGAAAACAUCAACUUAGACCUCACUUAUUCGGUUCUUUUCAACUUGGCCAGCCAGUAUGCAGCUAACGAAAUGUAUGCUGAAGCAUUAAAUACAUAUCAAGUCAUAGUGAAAAAUAAGAUGUUCAGCAAUGGAGGCAGAUUGAAGGUGAAUAUGGGAAACAUUUAUUUAAAACAGCGAAAUUAUUCAAAAGCUAUCAAAUUCUAUCGUAUGGCUCUAGAUCAAAUUCCAGGUGUCCAUGUAGAGAUGAGGAUUAAAAUAAUGCAUAAUAUUGGAGUUGCGUUUAUUAAAACUGGCCAGUACACUGAUGCAAUUAAUUCAUUUGGGCACAUAAUGGGCACAUCCCCAAAUCUGAAAGCAGGCUUCAACUUGAUCCUUUGUUGUUUUGCUGUUGGAGACCGUGACCAAAUGAAAAGAGCCUUCCAAAUGCUGAUUGCUGUUCCAUUGGAAAUAGAUUAUGAAGACAAAUACAUUUCACCAAAUGAUGAUCCUCAUACUAAUUUAUUGAUUGAAGCCAUUAAAAAAGACAGUUUAAGAGAAAUGGAACAUGAAAGGAAAGCCAUGGCUGAGAAAUACAUAAUGACAGCUGCUAAAUUGAUUGCACCAGCAAUUGAAACUUCCUUUGCUGUAGGCUAUGACUGGUGUGUUGAAGUAGUAAAAGCUUCCCACUAUGUAGAGUUAGCCAAUGAUCUUGAAAUAAAUAAAGCAAUUACGUAUUUGAGGCAAAAGGACUUCAACCAGCGAAAGAUGCCAAAGAAGAAGUCACACAAACCAAGGAAUGGCAUUUUGAUUUAUAUAGCUGAAAGCUCACUGAGGGCUGUGGAAACCUUAAAAAUGUUUGAAAAAAAGGAUAGCAGAGUGAAAAGUGCAGCUGCCACAAAUCUUGCAUUCCUUUAUUAUUUGGAGAAUGAAUUGACACAAGCAACUAACUAUGCAGAUUUAGCUGUGAAUUCUGAUAGAUACAAUCCAUCAGCUCUUACUAAUAAAGGAAAUACUGUUUUUGCAAGUGGAGACUAUGAAAAAGCAGCUGAGUUCUAUAAGGAAGCUCUAAGAAAUGAUUCCUCAUGCACCGAAGCACUUUACAAUCUUGGUCUAACCUAUAAGAAGUUAAAUAGAAUAGAUGAAGCUUUGGAUUGUUUUCUGAAACUUCAUGCAAUCCUUCGAAACAGUGCCCAAGUUCUCUACCAAAUAGCAAGCAUAUACGAAAUAAUGGAGGAUCCCAACCAAGCCAUAGAGUGGCUCAUGCAGCUGAUCAGCGUAGUUCCAACUGAUUCACAUGUGCUGUCAAAACUAGGGGAGCUAUAUGAUAAUGAAGGUGAUAAAUCCCAAGCUUUUCAGUACUAUUUUGAGUCAUAUCGGUAUUUCCCUUCGAACAUUGAGGUCAUUGAAUGGCUUGGGGCCUAUUACAUUGACACCCAGUUUUGUGAAAAAGCCAUUCAGUACUUUGAAAGAGCUGCGCUUAUUCAACCAACUCAAGUGAAAUGGCAGUUGAUGGUUGCUAGUUGCUAUAGAAGAAGUGGUAACUACCAAAAAGCUCUUGAUACAUACAAGGAGAUUCACAGAAAAUUUCCAGAAAAUGUUGAAUGUCUGCGAUUCUUAGUUCGUCUGUGCACAGAUAUGGGGCUGAAAGAAGUUCAAGAAUUUGUGACAAAGCUCAAGAGGGUGGAAAAGCUAAAAGAAAUGAGGGAACAGCGUGUUAAAUCCGGCAGAGAUGGCAGUGCACGUGGCCGGAGAGAAGGAAGUGCUGGUGGGGAUACUGGCAGCACCAAAGGGGAGCGACUAAGUGUCAAACUAAGAUCUUUGUCUGGAGCAAAUGAGCCCUAUGAAAGCAGCAGCAAUAAAGAAAUAGAUGCCUCAUACAUAGAUCCACUUGGUCCACAGGCAGAGAGACCAAAGACUGCAGUCAGAAAAAAAACUGAAGAUGAUGAUUUUGCUGAUGAAGAGUUAGGAGAAGAUUUGCUUCCAGAAUAAUGGGCUGUACCUUCUAACAUUUCACCUUUUAAGUUUUGAAAGAAAAUAAUACUUUUGUAUUAGUUUUUAAUAAAAUAUGAAAAAUUCUGUUUUGUAUUCAUAGUGAGUUAUGUAUAAAAUGGUAGAGGUGAAAUAAACAGUUUCUAUUAUAAAAGUAAUUAAAA